AUGUCUGCAUCCAGAGAUAUUGGUUACUUCUCUCCUUGGGACUAUGUUGUGUUUGCCCUGGUGUUGCUUAUCUCUGCUGCUAUUGGAGUCUAUUAUGCAUUUACUGGAAGGGGAAAGACUACAUCUAAAGAAUUCCUUACUGGAGGCCGGAGCAUGAGCGCUUUACCAGUUGCUCUGUCCCUCACUGCCAGCUUCAUGUCUGCAGUGACUAUACUGGGAACACCAGCAGAUGUCUAUAGAUUUGGAGCCAUGUAUGGCAUCUUUGCUAUAUCAUUUGUAUUUGUUGUUGUCAUUUGUGCAGAAAUCUUCCUCCCAGUUUUUUACAGACUUAAUAUAACAAGCACCUAUGAGUAUUUAGAGCUUCGAUUCAACAAAGCUGUACGAAUUCUUGGAACAGUCAUUUUUAUUAUAGAAAUGAUAUUAUAUACCGGCAUUGUAAUUUAUGCACCAGCCCUUGCUCUGAACCAAGUUUCUGGAUUCAAUCUCUGGGGUGCUAUGAUUGCAACUGGACUAGUCUGUACUUUCUACUGCACACUGGGUGGACUAAAGGCCGUGAUCUGGACAGAUGCAUUCCAGAUUGUAAUUAUGCUGGCAGGUUUUAUUGCCGUUAUUAUACGAGGAGUUGUGGUUCAAGGUGGGAUCCAAACUAUUAUUAAUGAUUCCUAUUAUGGUGGAAGAUUAAACUUUUGGGAUUUUGACCCAGACCCUUUGAGGAGACACACUUUUUGGACAAUUGUGAUUGGUGGGACAUUUUUGUGGACUGGAAUCUAUGGUGUCAAUCAAUCGCAAGUUCAGAGAUAUGUUGCUUGCAAAACACGAUUACAAGCAAAAUUGUCCCUGUAUAUAAAUCUUAUAGGACUAUGGGCUAUCUUGGCUUGUGCUGUGCUAUGUGGGCUCAUCCUAUUUUCAAAAUAUAAAGACUGUGAUCCAUGGACCUCAAACCUGAUUUCGGCUCCAGAUCAGCUCAUGCCGUAUUUGGUGCUAGAUAUUCUUCGAGACUAUCCAGGGGUUCCAGGGCUGUUUGUAGCUUGUGCGUACAGCGGAACAUUAAGCACUGUGUCAUCAAGUAUCAACGCAUUAGCUGCUGUAACAGUUGAAGAUCUAAUAAAGCCUUUCACAAAUAUGUCAGAGAACCAGCUGUCUUGGACUUCCAAAGGAAUGAGCGCACUUUAUGGAAUUGUUUGCAUAGCAAUGGCUGCUGUGGCAUCCUUUAUGGGAAGCGUGAUUCAGGCAGCAUUAUCUAUAUUUGCCAUGGUUGGAGGACCUUUGCUUGGACUUUUUUCCCUAGGAAUGUUUUUUCCUUGCGGUAAUUCACUGGGAGCUAUUGUGGGGCUCAUUUUUGGAUUUACUGCAACAUUAUGGGCUGGAAUAGGAUCACAAAUCUACUCUUCUUUGCCAGACAAAAGUAGACCUUUGCCACUUUCUACUGCAGGGUGUAAUUUCAGCACCCUGGAUAGCAGUUGGAACUCAACUACAGAAAUAGCAUUUGUUACCUUCUUUUUUAAUUACAAUAUCCAAAAAAGACCUCUGCUUGCUGAUUAUUGGUAUUCAUUAUCCUAUUUAUACUUCAGCAUUUUGGGAACUCUUACUACCGUUCUUGUUGGAAUUAUCGCCAGUCUUUUAUCAGGCGGAUGGAAGCAAAAUAUAAACAAAGAUUACCUUUUUGGAAGACAGGAUUUUACUUGGGAUUACUUUCCAUGUAAAUCUAAAAAAGGUGACAAAGUUGAAUGUUUGGAUUGGAAGCCUCAUCUGGAUCAAGGGCAUGAUAACCCAACCUUUAUACAAGACAACAUGACCCUCUCAGAACUAAAAUGAAUUCUCAGAACUGGAAAAUGUAUCUGCUACAGAAGUGUCUCUACCUUAACAAGCAACGAAUGCAUAAUAAAAAAUUAUCGCAACAGCACUUAGUUUGAAUUUCAAAUGACCCAAUUUUCAAAGUUACUUUUCUUUUACCUGCCCCCUUUAU